GCUGUGCCUUGCUGUAGUUCCUGCUGGCAGUGUGGGGAAGCAGCCAAGCCUCAAAGUAGAGCAGCUGCCUCCUGCCAGACGUUUGGAAUUUCCUUCUGUAAUGCCAGUUAUCAGCUGGCUAAACUAGGACACUCUCAGGUAGUGCUUUCUCUGUUUGCUUAAUGAUUACAUCAAACACAAAAAGCUGUUUUGGAGCCUCUUUUAACGGAGCUGUCACGAGGAUCUAAAAAUAUUGGUAGGGUUGGUGCAGGUCACCUGCAGGAGGGUUGAAAUCUGGCUUUGUUCUCCCUCUCAGCCGAGUUUCUUUGUGAAAUUGCUCUCAUUGCAAUACCUGGCCACCUUUGCUGAGGUGGAUGCCAGCCUCGGGCAGAGGCUGACUGGCUCAAAGCCUGGCUUUGUCAGUGAUUAAGGUGUCUCUCUGCCAAUGGCAGCGUGUGGAAAGGCCAGGAGUAGCACAGGGAGGUUCCCUGUGUUUGUGUGGGGCAGGGCAGGGCCUUCACCUGGCAGGAAUGUGGCCCUGCCAGCCAGCCCUGCCUGUGCCCCUGGCUGUGGGCUCGGGGCUCAGCUCCCCCUGGAACUGUGCCUGUGGAUUGCCCGGGCCCUGGCUGCUGCUGCUCCUCUGCCUGGCAGGCUUGGCAUGGUCCCUGCCAGGAUCCAGGAAUACCUUGCUGUGGAAUCCCAUGGGGCUUUACCAUCACAGGAAAUAGACAGACGGUUGGAAAAGAAGCUGAAGAUUACACAGAAGGAAAGCAGCAGAAAGUCCAAAUCUCCUCCCAAAGUGCCGAUUGUGAUCCAGGACGACAGCCUUCCUGCGGGGCCUCCACCCCAGAUCCGCAUCCUCAAACGGCCCACGACCAACGGUGUCCUCAGCAGCCCCCACUCUGCCAGCCGCCCCGCCUUCCCUGUCAAGUCACUGGCACAGCGCGAGGCCGAGUACGCUGAGGCCAGGAAACGCAUCCUGGGCAGCGCCAGCCCUGCGGAGGAGCAGGAGAAGCCCAUUCUGGACAGGCCAAGGAUCUCGCAGCCCGAGGACACCAGGCAGCCCAACAAUGUGAUCCGGCAGCCACUGGGCCCCGAUGGCUCGCAGGGCUUCAAGCAGCGCAGAUAGAGGCGGAGGUGCUGUUCUGCCGGCACGGACACACGGACCCGGGCCAGGGGACCUCCCGGGGUGAUUUGCACUGUGACCCUUUUGCUCUGCCCACUGUGACCUUCAGCCCCAUGCACUGUGACCUUCCCUCUCCACCCACUGUGAGCGGUGAUCCCAGCAGGGCUGUCCCCACGGCUAGGGGGACACGAGGGGCUGUGCCAGACUCGGCCAGGCACAGGGAGUUGUGUGUGUCUCACUCGGGUCGGAGUGAGCGCCAGCAAUAACGUCUGUUGUACUCAAAACCUGGCAUUUAAAGAAAGAAAAAAAAAAAAAGGAAGCCUCCCCAGCCACUGCGCAUGUUGUCCUCAUCACUUCCAGAAUGAGUUCUGUUUCCAAGGAUUUUAGGUUCUUUCAUUUGGUUUUCUGUUUGUUUCCUGUUUGCUUUCUGUAUCUUGGAUUGGUGGAGUGCAUGGGAAGGAUUUGAACUGUUUGUUUGAAUCCAGAGAGGUAGCUGAGUAUUCCGGAAGGAAUUCCAAUGGAUUUCCAUGAAUGUGAUGGCUUAAGGAUGACAAGCUCAUGCUUUUCCCUCUCCAUUUCCACUGCCGUGGAAGCAAACUCCUGGAUACCUCCAGGUACCUUGGAGUGGCACCCAGUUCACAUCUUGCUCUUGUUAAAGCUUGGCUCUGAUUCCCUGCUGGCUUUGAGGAAAAGUUUAAAAUACAUCCUUUUUGGGUUCUUUUGUAUUUGGGGAGAAGGGAAUGCAGAGUGACUCCAUGAAAAUGACUGCUGUCCGGCCACAGAGGGCUGGGCGGUGAAGAAUUCGGGAGAUGAGGAGGAGAGGCUAUGGCCAUGACGUCGGGCAGUGGGAUAUCCUGAGGGUCCGGCCCCAGUGGCACAGGGAUGGUACGAGCUCUCCCAGAGUGGCAGAACUGGGAACCAGACCAGCCCUGGAGAAAGCCUGAUGAUCCCUCUGUAUCCCUGGAGACAGCGAGGCUUCAGGGAAGGGAUUGUCCGGCUCCCGGGAAGAGGACAGGGAGGCUGCUGCUCCCCAGGAAUGUUCCCCCCUGGAUGAAGCUGAGGAUGACUUGAUAUCAAGGGAUUGAAUGAACACUAAAUGCUCUUCCUGGAGGGGCCAGGACCUGGAAACCCAGGUGGUUCCUGAUGGAUUCCUGCAUCGGGGUGCUUCCUUCAGUAGGUCUGAAGGGGAAUGAGCCAAUCUUGAUGUGCAUGAAAAGCCUUGUGUGGAAAUGAGGCUGAAAUCCCACAGAAACGGGGAAAAUAGAAACUACCUGUGUAUCCAAGUGAUCCACUGGAACCUUAAUGAGCUCCUCACAGCUGGUUCCCAGUGGGGUGGGAUUCCCCCUGGGAUCCUGCUGACUUUGGGGGAAUCUCACUCAUCCCCCUCAGGCUGGGGGCCGGAGGAGGUGGGAGGGAGAAGGAUGUCAGCAAUAACCAUAGACACUGCGCCUUUCCUUAAUUAUUCCUAAAAAUAGCAUCGAAUAGCCAAAAACUUCCCAAAUCCACCGGAUUUCCGAUGCAACUGGUCGGCGCCACAUUGCUGCCUCCUCCGUGUCCGGCACCAAAAUUCCACCUCUGGCACCAAAAUCCCCUUUUCCAGCACUGAAUUCCCUUUCUCCCGGCUGCUCUCUCCUGCUGCGUUCUGGUGCCAGGACGCGGAGCCAGGACACAGUGCCCAGGACACGUCCCGCCCGCGGGCAGGGCUCGGUGGCGUUCCUGUGGGAAGCGCCUUCAUCCCGAGGAGGGGGAGGAUGGACGUGGUACCGCGUUUCCACCCCCCCCCCCAAAAAAAAAAACAAAACGUGCGCCGGAAGGAAAACAUUUUAUAAAUCGUAUUUUAAAUAAAUGUCUUUAA